CCGCGAUCCGACAUCAUUUCAAUCCAGACAGCCCAGCCAACCACUCAGCUCCGAUCUCUCUGCAGUCCAGAUACUGAAUAAGUUCUCGAAUUAAGUAUACGCCGCGUACUCCAGCCACAAAGUGUUACAUUGGUUGCCCACUAAUUGAUCAUUUCGCCGUCAAAAUGGCUGCUUUUGUACACUUUACAUCGGCCAGAUGCCCUCAAUAAGCCAAGAAGAGGAGAGCCGAGUGCAGUACUCCUACACGGAAGUCAGUACGUUUCAGAUACGCGAAGGAAACACGCGAAAUAUGUCGCCCGAACCGGUCAAGUCCGGUCGCAUUUUCCUGGCCGCCGUCGCGGCCAACUUAUCCGCCUUUGUGGUGGGGACAACCCUCGGUUGGACCUCUCCAAUUGGACCCAAACUGAAGAGCGAAGACACCUCGGACUCGCCGCUGAGCAGGCCCAUCACCUCCGAGGAAGAUGCCUGGAUCUCGUCCUUAAUUGCCAUUGGAGCCCUGGUGGCCCCCUUCGUCGCCGGUCCAAUGGCAGAUCGCAUUGGUCGCAAGUGGGUGCUCCUGUCCAGCAGCCUGUUCUUCGUCCUGGCUUUUGGUCUUAACAUGGUGGCCUCCGAGGUGUGGAUCCUCUACAUGUCCCGACUGAUCCAGGGCUUCGGUGUCGGAUUCGUGAUGACUGUGCAGCCGAUGUACGUGGGUGAAAUCUCCACUGACAAUGUGCGCGGUGCCACUGGAUCGCUGAUGCAGCUCUUUAUUGUGGGUGGCAUUCUGUAUGUGUACGCCAUUGGACCCUACGUUUCCUACCAGGCCCUGCAGUGGUGCUGCAUUGUGGUGCCGGUGGUGUUUGACGUGGUGUUCUACUUGAUGCCGGAAAGCCCGUACUUCUUCGCCGGGAAGGGUCGCAAGACGGAGGCGCUGAAGUCGCUGCAGUUCCUCCGGGGCCAGAGUGCCGAGGGCGUGCACGACGAGAUGGCCGAGAUCCAGGCGAACGUGGAGGAGGCGAUGGCCAACCAGGGCACCAUGAUGGACCUGUUCAAGAACGCCGGCAAUCGGAGGGCGCUGUUCAUCUGCGCCGGCCUGAUCUCCUUCCAGCAGCUGUCGGGCAUCAACGUGGUGCUCUUCAACAGCCAGUCGAUAUUCGCGAGUGCCAACACCGGACUGGACCCGGCCAUCGCCACCAUCAUCAUCGGGUGUGUCCAGGUGGGAUCCUCGGCACUCACGCCUCUGGUGGCCGACCGCCUGGGCAGGAAGGUGAUGCUGCUGACCUCCUCCAGCGUGAUGUCCCUCGGACUGGCGGCGCUGGGCUACUUCUUUUUCAUGCAGCUGGUGAAGGGGGACAUCUCCAGUGUGGUCUGGAUGCCAGUUCCCGCCCUGAUCAUCUACAACAUCGUCUACUGCACCGGAUUCGGACCGCUCCCGUGGGCGGUGCUCGGCGAGAUGUUCCCGGCGAACAUCAAGUCGGUGGCCUCCUCGGUGGUGGCCAGCACCUGCUGGACCCUCGGCUUCCUGGUGACCUUCUUCUACCCCAGCCUGGACGCCCUCGGCUCCUACUACGCCUUCUGGCUGUUCGCCAUCUGCAUGGUGGUGGCCUUCUUCUUCGUCCUCCUCGUCGUCAUGGAGACGAAGGGCCUCAGCCUGCAGGAGAUCCAGGAUCGCCUCAACGGCAAGCGCAACUAGAAGGUCGUUCCUGGGCUUUCUGCUGCAUUUGAAUCCGUAACGAUCUUUCACGUACGUCUAAGGUCUGUGUGCAAGUAUUUUAUUGGUUAGUUCGUAAGCCCAAACUCAGUUGUUACACGCUUUCCUGUUAAUUUGUAAAAAAAAUUUAUAGAAGUAAUAAUUAUGAUACCAUUUUAGUUUAA